AUGGGCGUUGCAGAGCGAGACAUAGAUGAUCUGCCCCAAAACCCAGCUAACUACACGGCGUUGACGCCUCUCGGGUUCCUGGAGCGAGCCGCCCUCGUCCACCCGACCCGUAAAUCCGUCAUCCAUGGCUCCGUCUCCUACACCUGGCACCAGACCUACCGCCGGUGCCGCCAGCUCGCCUCCGCCCUCACCAACCGCGGCGUCACCUUCGGUAGCACCGUCUCAGUGAUUGCACCAAACGUCCCAGCCAUGUAUGAAGCUCAUUUCGGGGUCCCAAUGGCCGGUGCUGUCCUAAAUGCCGUCAAUGUCCGGCUGAAUGCCCAAACAAUCGCUUUUCUCCUGGGACACUCCCAGUCCUCAGUCAUAAUGGUCGAUCAAGAAUUCUACUCUUUAGCAGAGGAAGCUCUCAAAAUCAUGGCCGGCUCGGGAAAAUCUGAAUCUGCUCCUACUCCCAUUCUGAUUGUCAUUGCAGAUGAAGCCUGUGACCCGGAGUCCCUCCGCCACGCGCUCAGUAAAGGAGCCAUCGAGUACGAGAAGUUUCUUGAAACGGGCGACCCGGAAUUUGCUUGGAGUGCCCCGCAGGACGAGUGGCACAGUAUCACGCUGGGAUACACAUCGGGCACGACGGCUAGUCCCAAAGGGGUGGUCCUGCACCAUAGAGGAGCGUAUCUCAUGGCCCUCAGUAAUGCGGUCGUGUGGGGGAUGGGAGAAGGGGCCGUUUACCUGUGGACUCUGCCGAUGUUUCAUUGCAAUGGGUGGUGCUUCACCUGGACGCUGGCGGCGCUUUGUGGGACGAGCGUGUGCCUUAGGCAGGUCACAGCUAAAGGCGUCUACUCAGCCAUAUCGACCCUCGGCGUGACCCACUUCUGUGCGGCGCCCGUCGUCCUCAACACUCUCGUCAACGCCCCGAAAAACGAAACCGUCCUUCCCCUCCCCCGACUCGUCCACGUCAUGACCGCCGGCGCCGCCCCUCCGCCCCCAGUCCUCCUCGCCAUGUCGGAGCGCGGCUUCCGUGUCACCCACACAUACGGCCUUUCCGAGACCUAUGGCCCGUCCGCCAUCUGCGCAUGGAAGCCCGAGUGGGACUCGCUCCCUCCCGACUCCCGGGCCCGCCUGAACGCCCGCCAGGGUGUCCGAUACGUCUCCCUCGAGGGCCUCGACGUCAUAUCCACCCAGAACUCAACACCUGUCCCUCCCGACGGGAAAACCGUGGGCGAGAUCGUGUUCAGGGGCAAUGUCGUCAUGAAAGGGUACCUUAAAAAUCCCAAGGCCAAUGAAGAGGCGUUUGCGGGCGGGUGGUUUCACUCAGGGGACUUGGGCGUGAAGCACCCGGACGGGUACAUCGAGAUCAAGGACCGGUCGAAGGACAUCAUCAUAUCGGGUGGGGAGAAUAUAAGCAGCGUGGAGGUGGAGAAUGUUCUGUACGGGCACUCGGGGAUUUUGGAGGUGUCGGUCGUGGCCCGGCCCGACGAGCAGUGGGGGGAGUCCCCGUGUGCGUUUGUGACGCUGAAGCCCGGGGUGGAUGUGAGUGACGAGGGGCGGGUGGCAGAGGACAUAUUGAGGUUCGCGAGGUCGAGGAUGCCCGGUUAUUGGGUCCCCAAGUCGGUUGUGUUUGGGCAGCUGCCGAAGACGGCGACUGGAAAGAUACAGAAGCAUUUGCUGCGGGCCCGGGCGCGGGAAAUGGGGCCCGUGAAGAGGAGCAGGCUGUGA